CUUCCUUCCCCCCCCCCCCCACCGGCCGCCGCCGCCGCCGCUUUGACGCUCUCUGCCGCCUCACCGGGAAAACUGCCGCCGGCCAUGGCAGGCGUUUGGCUGUAAGCAGGCGGUCUCCACGGAGGGCAUUAGGCAUGGCCGGGCGGCGCGGCGCGGGGGGCGGCGGGGCGUUGGCGAUGGGUCCCUGGGGGGAAAUGCUGCAGCAGUCGCCGUCGUGCUGCGUUGGGGGAGCCGCGUCGGAGCCCGCCCGCGAGCUUUUCGAGGCUUGCCGGAAUGGCGACGUGGAGCGCGUGAAGCGGCUGGUGAGGCCUGAGAACGUCAACGGCAGAGACACGGCCGGCAGGAAGUCCAGCCCCCUCCAUUUCGCCGCAGGUUUUGGUCGGCGGGAUGUAGUAGAAUACUUGCUUCAGAGUGGUGCUAAUGUACAUGCACGAGAUGAUGGAGGACUCAUUCCACUUCAUAAUGCUUGCUCAUUUGGUCAUGCUGAAGUUGUCAAUCUUCUCCUACGCCAUGGUGCAGAUCCCAAUGCAAGAGAUAAUUGGAACUAUACUCCUCUUCAUGAAGCUGCCAUCAAAGGCAAAAUUGAUGUCUGCAUAGUAUUGUUGCAGCAUGGUGCUGAUCCAAGUAUCCGUAAUACUGAUGGAAGAACAGCACUUGACUUAGCAGAUCCAUCAGCAAAAGCAGUGCUUACAGGUGAAUACAAGAAAGAUGAACUGUUGGAAAGUGCCAGGAGUGGAAAUGAAGAAAAAUUAAUGGCUCUUCUAACACCGUUAAAUGUCAAUUGCCAUGCAAGUGAUGGCAGAAAGUCAACUCCAUUACACUUAGCUGCUGGCUAUAACCGUGUUAAAAUAGUGCAGCUAUUAUUACAUCACGGAGCAGAUGUUCAUGCAAAGGAUAAAGGAGAUCUAGUGCCUCUUCACAAUGCCUGUUCUUAUGGGCACUAUGAAGUAACAGAACUUCUAGUAAAGCAUGGAGCAUGUGUAAAUGCAAUGGAUCUAUGGCAGUUCACUCCUCUUCACGAAGCAGCUUCUAAAAACAGAGUCGAAGUGUGCUCCCUCUUGCUGAGUUAUGGUGCUGACCCUACACUGUUAAACUGCCAUAAUAAAAGUACAAUUGACUUGGCCCCUACACCUCAGUUAAAAGAACGAUUGGCAUAUGAAUUCAAAGGCCAUUCAUUACUACAGGCUGCAAGGGAAUCAGAUGUGAAUCGUGUAAAAAAGCACCUCUCUCUUGAAAUUGUUAAUUUCAAACAUCCUCAGACUCACGAAACUUCUUUGCACUGUGCUGCUGCAUCUCCAUAUCCUAAGCGAAAGCAAGUCUGCGAGUUACUUCUAAGAAAAGGAGCCAACAUCAAUGAAAAGACAAAAGACUUCCUGACACCUCUUCAUGUGGCAUCAGAAAAAGCUCAUAAUGAUGUUGUUGAAGUAGUUGUGAAGCAUGAAGGAAAGGUCAAUGCUUUGGAUAAUCUUGGCCAGACAUCUUUGCAUAGAGCAGCGCACUGUGGCCAUCUGCAGACAUGCCGGUUGUUGUUGAGUUUUGGCUGUGAUCCCUCAAUUGUAUCACUGCAGGGUUUCACAGCUUCUCAGAUGGGAAAUGAAAGCAUUCAGCAGUUGCUACAAGAAGGUGUUCCUUUGGGCAAUUCAGAAGCAGAUCGACAGUUAUUGGAAGCAGCAAAGGCAGGAGAUGUAGACACAGUAAAGAAGUUAUGCACAACACACAGUGUGAAUUGCCGGGAUAUUGAAGGGCGCCAGUCCACUCCACUUCAUUUUGCAGCAGGAUACAAUAGAGUGUCUGUAGUUGAAUAUCUUUUGCAGCAUGGGGCUGAUGUCCAUGCAAAAGACAAAGGUGGCCUGGUUCCUUUGCACAAUGCUUGUUCUUACGGACACUAUGAAGUGGCAGAACUUCUUGUUAAACAUGGUGCAGUUGUGAACGUGGCUGAUUUAUGGAAAUUCACUCCUUUGCAUGAAGCUGCAGCAAAAGGAAAAUAUGAAAUUUGUAAAUUACUGUUACAGCAUGGUGCUGACCCCACAAAGAAAAACAGAGAUGGAAAUACCCCAUUAGACCUUGUUAAAGAUGGUGAUACAGAUAUUCAAGAUCUCCUUAGAGGAGAUGCAGCUUUGCUUGAUGCUGCAAAGAAGGGCUGUUUGGCUAGGGUGAAAAAAUUGUGUUCCCCUGAUAAUGUAAACUGUCGUGAUACACAAGGCCGGCAUUCUACUCCACUCCAUUUAGCAGCUGGUUACAACAAUUUGGAAGUUGCUGAAUACUUAUUACAGCACAGUGCUGAUGUAAAUGCACAGGACAAAGGAGGUUUAAUUCCUUUACAUAACGCAGCAUCCUAUGGGCAUGUAGAUGUAGCAGCUUUGCUUAUAAAGUAUAAUGCAUGUGUAAAUGCUACAGACAAAUGGGCUUUCACACCUUUGCAUGAAGCAGCCCAGAAAGGAAGGACACAGCUUUGUGCCUUAUUAUUGGCCCAUGGAGCUGAUCCUACUCUGAAAAACCAGGAAGGACAAACGCCAUUAGACCUAGUCACCGCAGAUGAUGUUAGCGCACUCUUGGCAGCUGCCAUGCCAGUUUUCGCCUUGCCAUCUUGUUAUAAGCCUCAGGUUAUAAAUGUAUCUCAGAAUACAGGAACUUCAGCUGAUUCACUUUCUUCCAUGCCGUCCAGCCCAUCUAAUUUGUCAGCUGCCAGUAGUCUGGACAGCUUGUCUGGUAGCUUUUCUGAACUCUCAGUUGUUAAUACAAACAGUGCUGAAGGAACUUCUAGUUUGGAAAAGAAAGAAGUUCUCAGUGUAGAUUUUAGCAUCAAUCAAUUUGUGAGAAAUCUUGGACUUGAACAUUUGAUUGACAUACUUGAAAGAGAGCAGAUAACAUUGGAUGUACUUGUUGAAAUGGGGCACAGAGAAUUAAAAGAAAUUGGAAUUAAUGCUUAUGGUCAUAGACACAAAAUAAUUAAAGGAGUUGAGAGACUGAUCUCUGGACAGCAAGGUCUUAACACAUAUCUAACAUUGAAUACUUCGGGCAGCGGGACGAUUCUUAUAGAUCUCUCUCCUGAUGAUAAAGAGUUUCAGUCGGUGGAGGAUGAGAUGCAAAGCACUGUACGAGAGCACAGAGAUGGUGGCCAUGCUGGUGGAAUUUUCAACAGAUACAACAUCUUAAAGAUACAAAAAGUAUGUAACAAAAAGCUUUGGGAAAGAUACACUCAUAGGAGGAAAGAGGUUUCUGAAGAGAAUCAUAAUCAUGCUAAUGAAAGGAUGUUGUUCCAUGGCUCUCCUUUUGUGAAUGCAAUUAUUCAUAAAGGCUUUGAUGAGAGGCAUGCCUACAUAGGAGGAAUGUUUGGAGCAGGAAUUUAUUUUGCUGAAAAUUCUUCCAAAAGCAACCAGUAUGUCUAUGGUAUUGGUGGUGGCACAGGUUGCCCCAUUCACAAAGAUAGGUCCUGUUACAUCUGCCAUAGGCAGUUGCUUUUUUGCCGGGUAACUUUGGGCAAAUCCUUCCUACAGUUCAGUGCUAUGAAAAUGGCUCAUUCUCCCCCAGGACACCAUUCAGUUACUGGACGACCUAGUGUGAAUGGACUAGCUUUAGCAGAAUAUGUCAUCUACAGAGGAGAACAGGCCUAUCCAGAAUAUUUGAUUACCUACCAGAUUGUGAAGCCUGAAAUUGCCACAGAAGCUUGAAACUCCAGCUAUUUUACAAAGAUCAAAUUUAGCAAUACUCUUAAUUGCUAAUAUAUACACUUAUAUCGUUCCUUCCCCUCUUCCCCAACUUGGUGGUAGAAAAUGUGAAUAAAAUCUAACAUUUUUGACAGAUGAAGCUUUAAUAACUGUAUAGUAAGUUUUCUAAAAAUUCAGAAACUUUUUCAGCACUUUAACAGAUCUCAUUCCAGGUGACACUGGUUUGUCUGUACUAAAUUAUAAAACAGAUAUUAACUUGAACUUUGUUUUCUAUUUGCCAUUUCAGUGAAAUCUAACAACUUGUUGCUAUACAGGAACUCAUUUUAUUAAAAGUGUGUUCUUUAAAACACUACAUUUACACAGAGAACGAUUGCAUUUGUAAAACUGUAAAUAAGAACUUUUCUACUAGCCUGAUAUUUAUUUGCAUUGUAUUUGUAAAAUGUUUCAGAACUGCAGUACAUGGAAAACUUCAUUUAAAUGUCACACACACACACACACCCCGUCUGCAUUUCAUCACAAAUAGCUGUGAAAAGGACCUCUUGAAAGUCUUGCAUCAUUUGGCUUUUCUUCAGUUAAUUGAGUUUAAUGGAGGAAAAUGUAUUCCAGGAGAUUGUUCCAGAUUGUGCACAUUCCUGAGGAAUCUAGUAAACAUUCCACUUACUCAUCACAUUGAUCACUACUUAAAAUAUCUUUUGAAUGGGGAUAGGUUAGCUGAUUAUUUGUCUAAUGUAGAGAAACUUUUUGAUUCUCAUUAUAACAGGGUAUUUAAGACUGAACAAGCAUAUCUUCUUGAUUUCUGUUUCGGUAUAAAAUGGUGUGCUAUAAAAGCAAAAUGAAUCUUGCAUGCGGGACAAAGGGGGUACCCACAUCCUUCAAAACACUGAAGACUUUUUCACACACCCUUUUCUAAAAUGUAGUUUCCUUAUUCCUUCAGUUCAAUCAAGGUAUUUUUCAUCUUUACAGGUUCAUAUGUAAAAUAUAUAUCUAUAUAUAUAAAAUUCAAUUUUUUCCAUUGAUCCAAUUUUAAAUGAGGCAGUUAAUUGCAGUUCUUCAACCUUUCAGACCGUGUCCCAUGAUAUAUUUUUAAUUAUAGAUCAUUCAUACAUUAUGGUUUUUAACAAUUGCCAAGAGUGCUUAAAUUGUCUGGUUCAUAUGGUAUCUUAGAUUUGAGUCUUAAUUAAUUUGCAGUGCACAUGUAGUCAGUGCAUGAAUGGUUAUAAAAUCAUGUGAAAAAUAUAGUAAACAUCACUUCGUUGUGAUCGCUGCUGGAUAAAGGACAGUUCAGUUGAAUAAAAGAGGUCUUUGCACUGCAUGUUUUCUAUUCACUAGCUUAGCCAAAUACCUAAACAAGUAUUCAUGCAAACUAUGCUAACUAUGAUUUUGAAAACCUUUUUUCAUUAUUGAAAAUAUUUCAUUCUUUGUGAAUGAUUGUUUAAUGUGAUGUAAAUUAUUGUGAUAUUGGUAGCAUUUUAAAUGGUACCAUGGGGUUGGUAAGAAUGUUUUUAAUUUUGCAUGGCAUUCCUAUUUUUCAGAUGGCAAAAUGUGUAAUGGUUUUGAUUGUGUUGAGUUGAGGUGAACUUCAAGCCUCCUGUGCAAUUAGAGCUUUAUUCAUCUUGAAAGUGUCUUAUCUGUAUUGUAUCGCAUUCUUCACCAUUCAUCCUAAAUAAACUUCAUUCACAAGCUUUUGGGUA